AUGCAAGUCGCGCUGCUAGCAAAGACCGGUAAGAUGAAGUCGAAGUCAAACUGCAAGAACAAUGUGAAAAAGAGUGCCAGAUGCACGUACACUGCGUGCAAGAAGAAGGGGCAUAUGGAAGACAAGUGCCGCAAAAAGAAUGCGGAUCUCGCGAGUCGCAAAGCCAGACAUAGGACAACACCAGUGACCAAACUGCAAAGGUUGCGACGGCCAUGCCUGUACGCCAUGAAGACGACGAGAAGCUUCACUUAUUCCUCGCUGAACCUCUCCCAAAGUGCACAUUAUGUCUCCGGACACAGUGGAUCAUCGAUUCCGGCGCAUCGACUCCCAUGUGCUCUCAAUGCGACUGGUUCAUUCAUACUAAAGGCUCGCUACACCGGUAUGGGUCUGGCUCGGAGAUGCACAGUGCAUCAAGAAGACUUCAGUUUGGGCAAUUGGACACUCAGCUGGAACUUUGGUGCUGCGAUGGACCUGAAAACCGAAGAAGGCGCACUUUGUUUCUAUGAGAGAGGGAAGGAAGGUGAUCUACGUCAUGGAUGUCACGCGAGGGAUGGCAACCUGCGUUGA